AUGGAGAACUUUACAACCGGCAUCCAGAAUGUCACAAGAGUGGCAAAGCUGAGCAGAAUGCCUCAGAAUCCCCUGGAAGAGCAAGUCAUAACUAUAUUGCUGACGCUGCUCAUCUGUGGACCGGGGAUUGCCGGAAACAUCAUGGUGGUUCUGGUGGUGUUGCGGACCAGGCACAUGGUUACACCCACCAACUGCUACCUGGUUAGCCUGGCGAUGGCUGACCUCCUGGUGCUCCUGACCGCUGGCCUGCCCAACAUCUCCGACGUGGUGGCCUUCUGGAUUUAUGGCUACGCGGGAUGUGUGUGUAUCACCUACCUGCAGUACCUGGGCAUCAAUGUUUCCUCUUGCUCUAUUACCGCGUUCACCAUUGAACGAUACAUCGCCAUUUGUCACUCCAUCAAAGCUCAGCUCAUAUGCACCGUGUCACGGGCCAAGAGAAUCAUUGCCAGCGUGUGGAUCUUCACCUCCCUUUACUGUAUUAUGUGGUUCUUUUUGGUGGACACCAACGAAACUGUUUACACUGACGGCGUGACAGUCACCUGCGGUUACCGGGUGUCCAGGAGCUUAUACAUGCCGAUCUACUUCCUGGACUUCACUUUGUUCUAUGUGAUCCCACUUGUCGUCGCCACGGUGCUUUACAGCCUCAUUGCCAGGAUUCUUUUUAUGAGCCCUCUGCCCUCGCACCUCAACGAAAGAGGCUCAGUUCAUCGAGGACAAUCCCGAAACACCAAAGAGACCCACAAGGGGGCGAUAUCUGCCAGGAAGCAGAUAACAAAGAUGCUAGCUGCAGUGGUCAUCCUCUUCGCCGUCCUCUGGCUGCCUUACCGCACGCUGGUAGUGCUAAAUUCCUUUUACGACCCUCCCUACCACAACACGUGGUUCCUGUUGUUCUGCAGGAUGUGCAUCUACACCAACAGCGCCAUCAACCCCAUCAUUUAUAACCUCAUGUCCCAGAAGUUUAGGGCCGCCUUCAAGAAGCUCUGCAGGUGCACUCGCCGACACAACGAAGAGGUUGUGGAGUACAACAUGCCUGUUUAUUACAGCGUGAUCAAAGAUUCUUCACGGGAGAGCAAUGAACCCAUGACAGAGCAAGAGGAGAUCAACGGAAGGACCAUCAAGAGGUUCAACUUGGGAGAUAAUAAUGCAUAA